AUGCCAAUUCGCAUAACAGGUGAAAAGAUUGAAUAUGGGAAGGACUUCCAGCGGCCAGCUUCAAUGGCUGUAACAGAGGAGGAUUUGCUAAACUUACCGGAUUCGUUCGAAUUCUCUGAACGUUUGGUCUCAAUCGGGGAAUCAGACACUGACGAUGCCACUACCACAAACGAAACUUCUGUUAAGGCUUCUGCCGUAAAUUCAAGAUACACGUUGCAGCAAGAUCAGCUGUCAAGUAGUGAUGACAGAUCACUAUCAGAUGCUUCUCUCACUACUGUGGAACGCGAGGUAGAGCGCCUUUUCACACCAGAAGUUCAAAGACGUUUCCAACAGCGGUUGGCUGAAAUGCCGCCAGUUAGGAAAUCACUUAGACCGUUAGAAGAGUACUCAAAAAGGUCGCAAAGCAUGUAUAUACAAGUUGGUCAGCAACAGGCACCUGCGAGUUGGUCAAGCACAGGAAAUCCGGGCUCAACAAGCAAAAAUGAUUACGGUGGUACCAAUAACUAUGGCUUACAUCCUGCAUCUGAUAGCACUAUUUGUGGCCUUUCACACAGAUCACCCUCAUUUAACAUGCUCUCGGGUAUAUCGGGACAAAAUGCCAUUAGGCCGCUUAGCCUUGAUUUGAAUUCUGUAUCUCUAGCUGAAUUGGGGACUAGCGAGUUUAGGGACGCCCCUAUUUUAUCUGCUACUCACCUUGAUUCUGAACACUUAAAGUGUAAUUCUUUGCCACUUUCAACCUCUCCGCGUUGGGGAGAGCACCACAGCAUCGACCCAUUGUUGGCAGAGAGUGAUUUAUCAGGACGUGAUUUUACUGUGCUUGACGUUCCAUAUAGAUACUCCGUCAAUGCCGCUUAUAAUGAUCCACGAAAGAUCUCUAAGUUUAAUCCGGCGUUUGAGGACGGUAAUAACUUCUCCCUUCUUCCUACUACUAAUGAAAUAGGACACUGUUCCACCUUAUACCAGAAUAAAAACGGGAACUUCAGUCUAUCUUCACUAGAAAAAAUAUUGCAGAGAUUUUUCCCAAGCUCAUCAGAAUCACAAAGCAAUUAA